UGACAUCUGCCAAAUGCCAAAAUAGCUUGCGUUUUGUAUACGUUUUGAGAUCGCCGCAUUACAUAGACGUUGUGCAUCCAUUCAAAAUCAUAAAUAUAAAACAAAUCACGAGUUUAUCAAAAAUCCACUGGACGAAAGCAGAUAGUUGACGACUGAUCAAUCAUGGAGAGAACGCAAAAAAUGCCCAAAGUGGCAAAGGUGAAAAACAAAGCACCGGCCGAAGUUCAAAUUACAGCCGAACAGCUGCUACGUGAAGCCAAAGAACGUGAUUUGGAAAUUUUGCCACCGCCACCAAAACAGAAAAUCUCCGAUCCAGCUGAAUUGGCUGACUAUCAACACCGAAAACGUAAGGCAUUUGAAGAUAAUUUACGAAAGAAUCGCAUGGUGGUCAGCAAUUGGAUAAAAUACGCACAAUGGGAAGAGUCACAGAAGGAAAUUCAGCGUGCCCGCUCUAUUUGGGAACGAGCCAUCGACAACGAUCACCGCAAUAUUACAAUAUGGCUAAAGUAUAUCGAAAUGGAAAUGAAAAAUAAACAGGUGAAUCAUGCACGAAACCUAUUCGAUCGUGCGGUCACAAUUUUGCCAAGGGUCAAUCAGUUUUGGUACAAAUAUGUUUAUAUGGAGGAAAUGCUGGAAAAUCUAGGAGGGGCUCGCGCUGUAUUCGAACGGUGGCUAGAAUUUCUUCCAGAGGAGCAAGCAUGGAACACCUAUAUCAAUUUUGAGCUAAGAUACAAGGAAAUCGAUCGAGCUCGAAAAAUUUACGAAAGAUUAGUCAUGGUGCAUCCAGAUGUGAAAAAUUGGAUCAAAUUUGCACGAUUCGAAGAAAACCAUGGAUUUAUCAACGGUACCAGACAAAUCUACGAGAAAGCAGUAGAAUUUUUCGGCGAAGAGCACAUGGAGGAGAAGCUGUUCAUAGCGUUUGCACGAUUUGAAGAAGGACAAAAAGAACAUGAUCGCGUUCGUGUCAUUUACAAAUAUGCAUUGCAACAUUUACCCAAAGACAGAACUAACGAUCUCUAUAAGGCAUACACAAUACAUGAGAAGAAAUACGGUGACCGGUCGGGAAUCGAAGACGUCAUUGUGUCAAAACGUAAAUUUCAGUACGAACAAGAAAUCGCCGAAAAUCCAACCAACUAUGAUGCAUGGUUCGAUUAUUUACGUUUGAUUGAAAGUGAAGGCGAGGCCGAGACCAUUCGGGAAACGUAUGAACGGGCCAUUGCCAAUGUACCACCGAGCAAAGAUAAAAGUCUAUGGCGAAGAUAUAUUUACCUAUGGAUAAACUAUGCGUUGUACGAAGAAAUCGAAGCACAGAAUGAAGAGCGUACUCGCCAAGUCUACAAAACAUGCCUAGAAGUUAUUCCACAUAAAGUGUUUACAUUUAGCAAAAUUUGGAUAAUGUACGCGCAGUUUGAGGUUCGAUGCAAAAACUUGUCUAUCGCUCGAAAAGCCUUGGGACAAGCCAUCGGCAUGUGUCCGCGAGAUAAGCUAUUCCGUGGCUAUAUUGAAUUAGAAAUACAACUGCGUGAAUUCGAUCGAUGUCGCAUUUUAUAUCAGAAAUUUUUAGAAUUUGGCGCAGAGAACUGCAUCACCUGGAUGAAGUUUGCCGAACUGGAAAACUUGUUGGGUGACAUUGAUCGAGCGCGCGCGAUAUUUGAGUUGGCUAUCACACAAAAUCGUCUCGAUAUGCCGGAAUUGUUGUGGAAAUCGUACAUCGACUUCGAGGUAAAUCAAGGUGAAAACGAACUUGCCCGCCAACUGUACGAACGUCUUUUGGAACGUACCAUUCACGUCAAAGUAUGGAUAUCGUAUGCAAAAUUUGAGCUAUCAUGUGAGGAAAACGAUGAUGGCUUGAACAUAUCACUAGCACGACGAGUAUAUGAACGGGCGAAUGAUUCACUCAAAACCUCCCCCGAGAAAGAGAACCGCGUCAUUUUGUUGGAGGCAUGGCGAGACUUUGAAAGUGAAAAUGGAACAAGGGACACUUACGAAAAAGUGGUUGAAAAAUUGCCCAGACGAGUGAAGAAACGACAGAAAAUUAUUUCGGAUAGCGGCAUCGAAGAAGGAUGGGAAGAAGUGUUCGAUUACAUAUUUCCAGAAGACGAAAUGGCAAGACCGAACCUCAAAUUGUUGGCAGCAGCCAAAAACUGGAAGAAGAAACGGGAAGAAAGUGACGCGAUUCCAAGCCAAGUGCCCGAAAUCCAUGAAAACAUGCAAACUGAAACCGAAACCGAAACCGAAACCGAAACCGAAACCGAAACCGAAACCGAAAUCGAAAUCGAAAUCGAUUCCCAAACCGAUACCAAUGCAACGCCUCAUCCAAGUGAAGUCACAAAUCCAACAACUGAUGAAACUGAAUUUGAAAAUGCAAAUGAAUAAUAACUGUUCUAUAUCUAUAAUCUUCUUUUCAUUUAAAAUGUGAACAAUGUCAAAGUUUCUUUUUCCAUUGAAAUAAAUGCCGGUAGAGUAAUAAUAUUUGGUUAAAA